AAAACCCCAGACCAGUUCCUCGAGAACAGCCGGAUUCCCAUCCACAUUGCCACAAGCUUCUUUCUUCUCUCUCCUUUCCCGCUCUUUACCUUUGUGCAUCAUUAUUGUCAUAAGUUCUUCUAAACACGCCUUAACUAUCAUUACAAGUAAAAAGCCUCCAAAUCGUAAAUACAAAAUGACACUGUUAAACAGAGUAUUAGGAGGAUAAUGCAGCCAAUUAUUCUCUGCUUCUGUUCACACACACUCUCUCUCUCCCAUUUCUGUAUCUCACUUGCUAGUGUAAUCUCGGCUUAUUAUUAAUGCUUCUAACCCAACCCUAGCAACUCUUCUGGACAAGUUGCUGGCCAUGGCAGUUAGGCUCUGAGAGUGAGUGAGAACAGUGACCUGCUGACCCUCCUUCAUCUUCUUCAACAAUGCUCCAACUAAUCUGCAUUGCUCUGUUCUUUCUGGUGUCGUUUUCACCGCUUGGGAGAGCAAUGCUGAACCUCACUCUUCCUGGCCAGCAUCCCGACCCCGAUUCUGUCGUUCGAGAAUUUCACAGGAAAGUGAAUGCUUCAAUUGUGAGAAGGAAAAUGCUAGCAGAGUCGCAGAUACAAGAGCCGUCGUGUUUAACAGGGAACCCAAUUGACGAUUGCUGGAAAUGCGACCCAGAUUGGCCCAAUAACAGGCAGAGGUUAGCUGAAUGCGCCAUUGGGUUCGGUCAGUACGCCAAGGGAGGCCAGGGUGGCGAAUUCUACAUCGUCACCGACUCCUCUGACGACGACGCCGUGAACCCGAAACCUGGUACUCUCAGAUACGCCGUGAUUCAGACGCAGCCACUGUGGAUUGUGUUUCCCAGUAAUAUGAUGAUUAAAUUGUCUCAGGAGCUCAUCUUCAAUAGCCACAAAACUAUCGAUGGCCGUGGGGCUGACGUUCAUAUUGUGGGCGGUGGCUGCAUCACUCUCCAGUAUAUUAGCAAUGUCAUCAUUCACAACGUUCACAUCCACCAUUGUCAUCCCUCAGGGGAGGCUAACGUGCGGUCGAGCCCAGAUCACUACGGGUGGCGAACGGAAUCGGACGGCGACGGGAUAUCGAUAUUCGGGUCGAAAGACAUAUGGAUCGACCACUGCACGCUGUCCCGGUGCAGGGACGGGUUGAUCGACGCGGUUAUGGGUUCCACGGGCAUCACCAUUUCCAACAACUACUUCUCGCAUCACAACGAGGUGAUGCUGCUGGGCCACAGCGACGAGUACCAGCCGGACUCCGGCAUGCAGGUUACCAUCGCCUUCAAUCACUUCGGCGAGCAGCUGGUGCAGAGGAUGCCGAGGUGCCGGAAGGGAUACAUCCAUGUCGUCAACAACGACUACACGCACUGGGAGAUGUACGCGAUCGGAGGCAGCGGAAACCCUACGAUCAACAGCCAGGGGAAUCGGUACACGGCGCCAACGAAUCCGUUCGCGAAGGAGGUGACCAAGAGAGUGGACACGGAGGAAGGGAAGUGGAAGGGGUGGAACUGGAGAUCGGAAGGGGACGUAAUGGUAAACGGAGCAUUCUUCGUGGCUUCCGGCGAAGGCGUGGAGGUCAAGUACGAGAAGGCCUACAGCGUCGAGCCUAAGUCGGCCGAUCACAUUGAUUUCCUCGUAAUGCACGCCGGUGUGCUCGGCAUUUCCAGGGAUAACAACCUGGGGAUGUGGAGCAGAGGGCCGAACGGAGAAGGGGAUGAGAUAACAGUGACAGGACCUGAAUACACGGACGACAUGGCGAGGACGACGAGGUUGCUGCCGGAGUCUUAUGCUGUGGGUGGGAUAUGGUGUUUAGUAGCAUUCUUGUGGGCGGUGUUAUGUGAAUUGUGAUAAUAGUUGUGCCUAGGAGUGGCAUUGCCUAACAUUUUGAAGAGUCAAAGCAUUCAAACUGUGAUGCUGCUUCUUUUAAUUGGGAAUGAAAUUGGAACAAGCCUGCUCCUUAAACACGUCCAAGAGUAGGCGUCAUUUAGAGCUGUA